AUGCCACCACCGGCCUCUUCCGUGGGUUUCUCCAAUCUACUCAAUCACGACUCGUCGCCCGACUCGACUUCAGGUGACUCUACAAUGGCUUCUUCCGUCAGCUUGCUGCCGCCUCUCAUGAAGGGUGCUCGUCCCGCGACCGAGGAGGUGCGCCAGGAUUUGCCCAGGCCUUACAAGUGUCCUCUCUGCGACCGUGCAUUCCACCGUCUGGAGCAUCAAACGAGGCAUAUUCGAACCCACACCGGCGAGAAGCCUCACGCCUGCCAAUUCCCCGGCUGCACCAAGCGAUUCAGCCGUUCCGAUGAACUCACUCGGCACUCGCGCAUUCACAACAACCCCAAUUCUCGCCGCAGCAACAAGGCCCAGCACCUCGCCGCCGCUGCCGCUGCCGCCGGCCAGGACACCGGCAUGGUCAACGCCACCAACAUGAUGCCCCCGCCAAGCAAGCCCAUCACCCGCUCUGCUCCCGUUUCCCAGGUUGGCUCGCCGGACGUGUCGCCUCCUCACUCCUUCUCCAACUACGCCAACCAAAUGCGCUCCAAUCUGGGUCCUUACUCUCGCAACACCGAGCGCGCCUCUUCCGGCAUGGACAUCAACCUCCUCGCGACCGCCGCCUCGCAAGUCGAGCGCGACGACCACCUGGGCUUCCACGGAUCUCGCAACCCCCAGAUGUUCGGUUCCCGCCACGGAACCGGUCGCGGCCUGCCAUCCCUCUCCGCGUACGCCAUCUCCCAAAACAUGACCCGCUCCCAUUCCAACGACGAUGACGACAGCUUCGGCGGCCACCGCGUCAAGCGCUCCCGUCCCAACUCUCCAAACUCAACCGCUCCUUCUUCUCCUACUUUCUCCCACGACUCUCUUUCCCCGACCCCCGACCACACCCCACUAGCGACCCCCGCCCACUCUCCGCGCCUGCGUCCCCUCGGCGCCAGCGAGCUGCAUCUGCCUUCCAUCCGCCAUCUCUCUCUUCAGCACACCCCCGCCCUGGCUCCCAUGGAACCCCAACCCGAAGGCCCCAAUUACUACAGUCCCACUCAGGGCCACAUGGGUCCCACUAUCGCGGAUAUCAUGUCCAAACCGGACGGCACGCAGCGCAAGCUGCCUGUGCCCCAGGUUCCCAAGGUUGCGGUGCAGGACAUGCUGAACCCGACUUCGGGCUUUCCUUCCAUGAACUCGUCAGCGAACAAUUCCGUUGCGGGUGGGGAUCUCGCGGACAGGUUCUAA